GGGCUCACUUGACCAGACUCCGGUUCUAUCUGCAUUUUCACAGUUCUUGAUGAACUAAACAGUUUUGUUUUGGUAUCGUUUUAUAUUUGAGUCUGCGUACUUGCGAAAGAGGACGAAACAUGGAAUUCUCUCAACGGAGUGUGGACCAGACAAGGCUGCGGUGGAAGAAGCUGUUUGAUAACAAGGCUUAUCCAUCGCUUACUGCCUUAAAGUCUUCAGUCAUCGGAGGUAGUUCGAUAUGUGAGGACUCAUUGCGGUCGGUCUGCUGGAAGCUAUUUAUGCUUAUGCCGGACCUCCAGCCAGAUACGUGGGGAACCAUUUUGCAAACAGAACGAGAAAAGUAUACUGCAUUGAAACGGAAAUACUUGGCUUUGCAUCUCAAACGCGCACAAGAAACGGCCGGUUCUGCAGUAGAAGAAGAGGAAGAGGUCGAGGAUAUCAAUGUUGUUAAUCCAUUGAGCGUUGACGAAUCCAACCCAUGGAAGACAUUUUGGAAAGACGAAGACCUACGAAAAGAAAUCCUACAGGAUAUCGAGCGGACGUUCCCGGAUUUUGAUUACUUCCGGGAUCCAAAAGUUCAGAAUACGAUGCUCGAUAUCUUGUUCGUCUAUACCAAGAUGAACCCCGUGGUCAGCUAUCAACAAGGCAUGCACGAGUUGCUUGCACCUAUCUUCUAUGUUAUGUCUUUGGAUGCAUUGGAUACACCGGCCGAGACGCCUAGCGAAGAAGAUAAACUGAUGUACGACACUCUAUCGUCAUCAUACAUAGAGCACGACUCGUUCACUUUGUUCAAUCUGAUCAUGCAGAAUGCCUGGGAGUGGUAUGCCGCAGUUGGUAAGACAAAAGGAGUUACAGAGAACGGCCGCCAGAUCCCGCCAAUCGUCACAAAAGCCCGCAAGAUCCAAGAACAAUUUUUGCGCAAGAUCGAUCCAGAGCUUGAGCGACAUCUGCGAAACCUCGACAUUGAGCCUCAGAUGUGGGGUAUUAGAUGGAUAAGGCUUUUGUUUGGUCGAGAGUUUGGGUUUGUGCAGAUGCUCGGUCUUUGGGACUGCUUGUUUGCUGCCGAUGGCCGCACACUGGAUAUUGUUGACUUUAUCUGUGUGGCUAUGUUACUUCGUGUCAGAAAUCAACUGCUGCUGACGGAUUAUACCGGUGUUUUGUCUACUCUCUUGCGAUAUCCCGUGGAUGAAACGAUGACUUCAAACUCAUUUGUGGAGGACGCUAUAUACUUGCAGGCACACUGCACAGCAGCUGGUGGCCGUCGCGUCAUGCAACAAUACGCACUAUUGGUUGAAGAAGAGGAAGUCGUGGUACCUCAACAGCCAUAUCAUAUGGUUAACGGUGUCUUGGCGCCUUCUCCUUCUGCCAGCGAAUACCAACGUCGUGCAAUGGUAGCCGCGAAUUCGAUGGAGCAGCGAGUACAAGGACUCGCAAAGAAUGUGUUUGAAUCUUCCGAGAAGUGGACGGGUGAUAUAAACAAAUACGUCAGACAAAGAGUUCAAGACGCUCGUGUGCGCGCUGAGAAAGCGAUCCAGAACGGCGGAGUUCAUUAUCUGACUGCCGAAAACGCGGGUAUCAGAGGGAUGCCGUACAUGGCUCAAAACAUCACAUAUGUCAAUGGCAACGGUAGCGGCGCCAUUCCCCGAAGCAGGUCAAGCUUGGCAGCCGCUCAGGCUGUAGUGAAGCAGAAAGCCCCGGUCCGACCUGGAGCUGCUAUGGCGGGUGGAUCGUUUGACGAGGCUGAGUAUAAUCGCGAACGAAACGAGGCCCUGGCGGCGGUGUUGAGCACCAGUCUGGAAGUGCUUGAGAAGUCUAAUGGCAGCAGUGAGAAUGCUGCUCAGUUCAAAGAGGCUUUGGCUAGGAUCGAGCAUGUACGCAAGUGUUUGCUAUUCGAUGAUUUGAAGAUUAGCAAGAAGUACAAGCAGCCGAUUACGGAUGCGCUAUUUUCGCAGAGUGUUAGCAAUGGCGAAAAGUCAAUCCAGGCUGCGGCCCCGACAGCGCUUUCAACGACCAGCAACCAGCGCGUGGGAGGUUCGGAGAAGAUAUCCACGGCUCAAGCGCCGAUUCCAUCUCCUGUUGCGGUACCUGCUGCGCAGCCUCGUGCAGGAAUGCCUAGAGCAAUUCGAACGCCUCCAGUUAGUGCUAUGAACUCUGGGGCCGUGAUUAGAGGUCGUCGGUCUGCAGCUUCUUCUCCAGUAAUUAGAGCAACGUCGAAUUCACCCGAUGUUUCUUCGUCGCUCAGUGAUCCCCUUGCCGAUUACUCUUUGGACAGCGCAGCGUCUUCCCCCGGAAGUACUACAAAGUACGAAUCGUCGGUCCAGGCAAGACCAGUCUCAUCCGAAUUCGCGAGAUAUAAUAACGGCUUGAAAGAACAGAAACAGCAAGAACAACCACAAAACCAUAUAUCUCAAGCGGCGAUUGAAUCUGCAAAGGCGAUGCUUUUCGGGUCAUUGGAGGAUAAAGCGUCCUCAUCCCCUUCAUCUACAUAUUCUCCAUCCUCUUCUCCCGCCACCGCGUCACCCUCGCCCUCGCUGUCAUCGUCGGUGACCACAUCCGCAGUAUUCCAUUCCGAUCCUGUGUCACAGGAAUUCACGAAACUGAGCUUAGGCGCAACUGAUCCGUUGUUCAAAAGCCCGCCUCCAAAGUCUACGAAUACGGCGAUUCUCUCGAGUACCUCCGGUAGUGGUAUCAUGAAGAGUUCGCCCGGAUCACCUUCGAUCACUGCAGAGGAGGCUAAGAAGCUUUUGCUUGGAUUAUAGAUAGUUGUGAACGUUGGAACCGGAAGGAACAGCUUUGGGAAAGGUUUGGGCUGUACAUAAAAAAACUAAUUAAUAUCAUGUCUUGUUUGGGG